CCCCCCCCCCCCCCCCCUCUCUCCCAUAACCAAUUUACCAGUCGCAAUCAAAAAGGGGCCAUAGAGUAUUAAACUCAUCGCGUCCAAUCUAAAACAAGGCGGAAACCCUUAUUCCGAACAACCUAACGGUACUAUAACCACUAUAUCGUAUAUUUGCCAUAAUUCAACAACCACUCGCUACCCAAGUUCCCAGACAGCUUUCUGCACCAUGGGCGACUUUGCUGGUUUUCCACGUGACCAAAGAGCUGCCUGGAAUUCAUAUGAUAUGGCGCCACAGAGUUCUCAAUCCUCCCACCGAAAGUCUUGGUCUGGGCAUUCCCAACCAUAUGACUAUCGGCCCCUAAGUGACGGGUAUGAGGGGAUAUCGCGUAAGCGCGAUCGGGAUUCCACUGAUGAAAACCAGCACCAUCAGUUGGCGAUGAUUCGUCGUAAUCAUGAAUAUUCGCGGUUGGAUACUGAAUCGUCGCGCCGCACUCUUUCCGUUUCUUCGGAGAGCCGACAGGGCCGUAAAAAGGCAUCUCGGAAUACUUAUCGGGAUCAAGAUGCAGUCGCCUCAAGUAUCCCACAUGGCCAUUCUCAUCACACGAGCAGUCGCACUACGUCAGUAACUUCUAAGAAUAAAGAGGCCUCCAAUGAGAGUGGGCAUCGAGCCAGCCAUAAAGAUAGACAUCAGAUGCCAGUCCCGCCAAAAGCUCCCAAGAUUCCAAGGCUCCCAUCCCCUGAUUUUGACGACAUAGACAAUAGUAAGUAUGAUACGUCGGAUCAUCAAUUCUGCGCAUGCUGCGGGGGUGACGGCAGUUCCGGAGCAGAGCAUUGGCGAGGAGAGUGCACUACGGCAAAGAUGGAAAGACGGGUGUUCGAGGCGAAAGCUUAUAUCGCACAAAAGGACUCACUUGCUCGCUAAAAGAUGGGGUUUCUACCCUCGGUAUGUGUUAACGAAACAAGGGGCGUUGGAGUUAAAGAUGGCCGGCCGAAAAUGAGUUCAAGGUCCAAGCCCAACGGAUGUAGCGGAUAUGUCGCUACUAUAGAAGUCACCCUGUCGCGAAUAGAGGUAGCCGUUCACAGUCCUAGUUUGGCCGCGACGCUCUGACGGACACAACUACUUGGGUACUGGAAAUCUGAGAUGACCCGGCCGUCCAUGCAUUACUGGCUACGUAACUAUAUGGAGGCGCGUAUACAGCUCAGGUGAUAGGAAGGCAACGUCAUAGUCGACCUAGCGGGGGAUGUAAUCGCGGUUGGUGGUCCGUUUCACUAGCUGCGAACGUUCUCAUGUGUCUAACAACGGCCCCGCGAUCUGUCGACGUCGGAUAUUCAAUAAUCAUGUACAUUAUUCCAUUGUUCUUAUCCAUGGCUAUUAAUUGCUCGGGGUUCAAACCCACCAUCGGAACUUGCAAGGCUCAUAGACUGUGCAAUUAAUGUCGGAUAUUCGUUUUCAUAUAUUGUGUAGACC